AUAGCAUAGCUGAAUUCGUGAUCCGACGACGAAUAGCAAGUCGAGGGAGACCCGAUGAAUAAUUGAGACAAUUCCACGCAUGCGUGACACGCCGCGGCGGAGACAGCCCCAGGGGCAUCUAGUUGCUUUCAGUGCGCCCUCUGCAGAAAUACUUUGUUAAAUAAAUUUAUAAAUUAGAUAUCACCGGCGAACGAAAUGUACACUUAGUUGGGCGUCGUAUUAGUCGUCAGGAGUAGUUGCGUCGCAUAUUACAUAGUGCGUAUGAUGCAGGCCGGUGGGCCGGAUAGUACGGCGGUGUCGGAGGCGCCGAGCAGCGGCAGCGAGGAAUCCGACUGCGAACCAGGCCCAGAGCCUGACGCGGAUGCCGCUCUCACUGAAGAAUGGGCUAGGGAACUACUUUCGGGUGCGGGCGUGGUCGGCGCCAGUGAGGUUCGCGUGGAGUCACGUGCGGGGGUCGCAGGGGCCCUAAGCAGGGUCCUCGCAGUAACAGUGCGCUACGAGAGCAACGGUGAACGCCGAGCCUUACCACUUGUUGUCAAACUGCCGCCUAGAGACCCAUUUGGCAGGCUUUUUGUGGCAGAAGCCCAGUUUGAUACCAGAGAAAUUCUGUUCUACACGGAACUGGCGCCGGUCCUCAACAAACUGGCCGAAGAUGCCUUAGGCCCUGGAUGUGGGCUGCCUAUACCAAGAUGCGUUAAAGCUAGACUGCCAGAUGAAAUAGGAGGUGACAGCGAACUCGUCCUCGAAGAUGUAACAGCCGCCGGAUACGAGACUGCGGACUUCGCCGAUGGUUUAACAGCUGAUCGUGCAAAAGCAGCGCUGUAUGCCGCAGCUCGGCUACACGCCCUCUCUCUUGCACUUCGUGAAAGAGAAGGGCCGCUAGACCAACGUUUCGACUUUCUGUUCCCUUGUGAAAGGGCAGCCGCAGGGUAUCUUCGUCUGGUGAGACGAGGCCUUCCCCAACUGGAAGCUUUUCUGCGCGGUCGUCCCGACUGUACCGAAGAAGCCGCUGCUGUAUCAGCCCUGAGUGCUCGUGCACCAUCAUUACUUGGCACUCUACUGAGACCAGCUGAACCAGCGCCCCUGGCCCACGCUGAUUUCUGGAGCGGCAAUCUUCUUUUCCGGGAAAUAGAUGGAGAGAGUGAAUGUAUUGCCCUCGAUUGGCAAAUGGUGUCUCUCGGAAGACCAAUGGACGAUGUAGCGCUACUUCUGCUGUCGUCACUAACACCUGAAUUAAGAAGAAAUGUAGGUGAUACAUUUAUUGAGGAAUACGGAGAUCGGUUGGAGGCCGAAUGUGCGAGAUUGGGGGCCGAAGCCGCUGGAGCAGUAGUGCGACGCGGCCUAAAACCGGAUUGGCCUCGAGCGGCGCUGAGGGCGCUGUUGCUGUGCGCAGGCAGUGUUGACGUGGCUCUAGGGGACCCCAGAGCUGAGAGGCGUCUCCUGGAAGCGGUCCGAGACCUUUACGCACAAGGCGUGCUCGCUCUCAAGCCCGACACCGAAGCGUGAAAAUGUACAAAACGAACAUGUGCCAAGAGCGUGCUGAAUUCAAAUCAACCGUUCUUUAUUAUUAACGAAGCAGUCCAAUAUAGAUAACUUUUUGUUUUUAUUAUAAUUUAAGCACAAAUAGCAGUUUUAGUCGUGUAAAAUUCGUUUGUAUUAGUUACAACGUCGGGAUUCGAUGGAAGCCGUUGUGGACGUGCGGCGGCGUGGAGCCUAAUUAAAGACUGAAUUUACGUACAGACAAUUUACGUAUGUCUAUAUGAGAUUAAUCGUAACACGUGUUGUAUCGUAAACCGUAGGUGUUAAUUGCUCAUCUUAUCGACAGCUAGAAAUUUAUUGCGGUCUAUUGACUAUUAAUAAAGCAAAAGAUUAAAUUAUUGACGGUAAUAAA